AUGCCCUCCAGGAUAUCUGCCAGCUCCACAGCUUCCAACCCUCCAACUUGCGCUCGAUCGAAGGCGUGUAUAUCGGCUCCGAGGGGCAUGUCAACGAGGCCUGGCGACAAUAUGGCCGGGUUUGCCGAUCUGCUUCGAUCCCGCCUCCGGGCGCUCCUGCCGCUAGGCCUGAUUUCGAUGUUCGGGCUGUCGAUCUAUUUCUUCUUCUGCUCUCUCACGGCCAACGACCCGGAGCUCGAUCUCGAGAAGCUGCAGCACCCCCACUUCAAGUUCCGGGUGGACGGGCUGGGGCGCGUCGGCGCGCCGGACUUCGGCCGGGCCGGCGGCCUUAUAUUCGAGACCGACUUCCCGCCCGCCGCGGCGCCCGACCUCAAGGUGUACGAGCCGGAGCAACUCAUGCGUCUCCCGAUCCUACAUCGCACCUCCCAGGAUCCUUUCGACGCCAGGAACGGGUUCAAGCCGCUCCGUGAUUCCAAGUCCCCUUGGCUGGCGAGCAAUCCCGCCGGCGUGAUGCUCAUCAACCGCCUCAGCAGGAAUCGCUUCCCUCCCGCCGGCUCGACCGACCCAUCUCGUGGAAGCGCACCCCCACCGUCCCCGCCCUGGCCGCCCCGCACAUCGCUCAAGGAGAAAGACCAUUCCCUCAAAACGCCUAUCCCCAAACACUUGAUUGCCGGCUUGAAUACCAGCUAUGUCUGGGAGGACAGAGACCGAGUCAAAGACGGCAAUCUGCCUCAGAUACAAUGGGCUGGGUUCGAUAAACCUGAUUGGGAGUCCGAUUCUGAUCGCACCAAUCGCUUGGAACGCCAGGGAUGGGUCAGACGUGGAUUCCAGCACGUCUGGGAGGGCUACAAAGCCAAAGCAUGGGGGCAUGACGAACUAAAACCAAUCUCAGGGUCGGUGAGUGAUCAAGCGCUACCCAAACAUUUCCAGGAUCCGUUUGCCGGAUGGGGGGCCACCUUGGUUGACUGUCUUGAUACCCUGUUAAUCAUGAACUUGACACAUGAAUACAAUUAUGCAAGGACUCAUGUGAAAGCUAUCGAUUGGGCAUACACCAUAGACAUUCACAGGAUGGGCCGGUUCGGGUCCUACUCGACAUCCCAGCCCAUGAUCUCGUUCUUUGAGACCGUCAUUCGCUAUAUGGGUGGACUGAUCUCUGCGUAUGAUUUAUCGGGCGACGAUCUGAUGCUUGAAAGGGCAGAAGAGCUGGCAGAGUGGCUUGUACCUGCGUUUGGAACGUCUUCUGGCCUGCCGGCUUCCCGCUAUCAAAUCGGAUCAAACCCCCUCGGGGAGCAAACUGGCCGCGUCUGUAUCGCAGAAAUCGGCUCAUUAACCCUCGAAUUCACACGGCUAAGUCAGCUAACCCGCAAAGGGUUUUACUUCGAAGUGGUGCAAAAAAUAACCGAUCUGCUCGAUGGAGACCAGUGGGCCUCUUCUAGUCGCCCAGGCACCCUGUUUCCCACCCAUGUAAAUCCACAGGCUCCUCAGUUACUUUCCGGACAAUACACUUUUGGCGCCAUGGCCGACAGCUACUACGAAUAUCUAAUAAAACAGCAUCAGUUACUACGCGGGACAAACGUGCAGUACAGUAAAAUGUACACGUCUGCUAUCGAGUCUGCACGCACACAUCUGAUCAGAACCUAUGACCUCGAAUCGUCUGGGGGCAAGAAUCUUACGGUGAUUGGUGAUAUUUCUUGGGGGAUGUUUAAGCCUUCUCUCGACCAUCUCACCUGCUUUUCAGGCGCAAUGAUUGGAUUAGGAUCUCAGCUGUUGGGCCGGAAGCAAGAUCUGGAUCUAGCGCUUGGACACGCGGACGCUUGCGUCUGGGCAUACGAAUCAACCAAAACUGGCGUCGGGCCAGAACGAAUCUCGAUCGUAGAAGGCGACGAGCACGCACGAUGGCAACCGGUUUUUUACGAAGGCCAGAAGUUUCGCGAGUUGAAGUCGAACCCGUUACCCGGCGCAUCCAUUCAGGAUGGUCGCUAUCUUGGUCGGCCAGAGACAAUCGAGUCUGUAUAUUACAUGUGGAGGAUCACAGGCGAUCGUCAAUGGCAAGAUCGGGGAUGGAGGAUGUUUACCAGCUGGAUGGAGGCAUGUGCGACAAACUUUGGAUUUGCAGAUUUGGCGCAAGUAAACCGUUGGCCACCGGAGCUGUCAGAUAAGCAAGAGAGUUUUGUUUUGGCGGAGACGUUCAAAUACUACUACCUCCUGUUUUCCGACCCCGACUUGAUUUCGCUGGACGACUUUGUGCUCAACACCGAGGCGCAUCCGUUCCGCCUGGAGACCCCCGACAAACCUGCGAAACGAUUCUGGACCGGGCCAGACCCUGCACUCGAUAAACGGUACGAUCCGCCGGGGACCAAGAAAGGUGACCGCGGAUUCGGGACGUUCUUGCAGCAAUGGUCGAGGGUCGAUCUCGACAAACUCAGCGAGGCGGAUCGCCAGGUCUACAACAGAGUCAUGGGGGUCCACGCCUAG